AUGGUGAGGUUUCUGUAGUAUAUGGGGAGAACGAUGUGCCAUAUCGCCAAUAAUCUUGGGGCGAUGUGGGCGAUAGGAAUGUUUGUCAUUUAUGGUUCAUAUAAAGAGCCUUUAAUAGGUUCUUAUCAGAAAAUAACUACCUAUGUUUGUACUUGGAAUACGGCUAAAUAUCACGAUAUCAGUCAUCAAAACAUUGUUCAUCAUUAUUUGAAAUAAGCCAUGUGAAUAUGAAAUAUUAUUUCAUAAUGAAUCAAAGAGGAAGACAAAGAGAAGCUGGUGCUUUGUUCAGUGCGUAUUAGUGAAGUGAAAGGAUAAUGCUCAUUUGAAUGGACCAACCUGGCGCCCUGCAGCUACGUUCGCAUGAGAACUGAGUACAACCACGUCACCCGUGUAACAAGAUUAAAUUAAGUUGAUUAUCAAAGGUGCUCAACAAAACUGAAGUGCUCUGCAUAGGCACAACUAAUCUCAGCUGCACAUUUAUUAAUUCUGCAAUCUUCACGACAGAAUGGAGCGAUUUCCAGCAAUAGCAGGUCAAGGUAAAAUCAACCAGCUUGGUGGGGUGUUUAUUAACGGGCGCCCGUUACCCAACACCACAAGAUUACGUAUUAUUGAACUAGCACACAUGGGUGUACGUCCCUGUGACAUAAGUCGACAGCUUCGUGUCUCUCAUGGUUGUGUAAGCAAAAUCUUAUCACGCUACCAAGAAACUGGUUCAAUUCAACCAGGAACGAGUGGAAGCCCAAAACCACGAGUUAUCACAAAGGACAUAGAGAUGAAGAUAGAUGAGUACCGGACAAUGUAUCCCGGAAUGUUUUCUUGGGAAAUACGCGAGCGAUUGUUGUUGGAUAAGUACUGCAGCCGGGAAACCCUUCCAUCUCUGAGCUCCAUAAGUCGUAUGAUGAAGAGCAAAUUAAGAUCAGAGAGCUUAGACAGCGGGAUGCAUUCUUACAGUGAGAACGAAGAGGAGGAAAGAGAACAUAAGGUGGUAGAAGAGGAACAUGAGGGACAUCGCAGCGAAGAUAGAGAGAGCGUGUCUUCGGAGCAAUAUGAUCCGCAAAUCAAAAGAGAGAAGAUGGAAGAUUCAGAAUAUAUAGAUGAAGGAAAUGAUUCAGAUUCCAGUUACUACGGUGAAGGUAAUUUGGGCAUUUCAUUCCAUCCUGAGCAUCUUAUCUUGAAGCAAAAACAACGUCGAUCCAGAACUAAGUUUACGUCCAAUCAACUUGACGAGUUGGAGAAAGCUUUUCAGAAAACGCAUUAUCCUGACGUGUACACGAGAGAAGAGUUGGCACAAAGAAUCAACCUUUCUGAAGCCAGAAUACAGGUGUGGUUUUCCAACAGACGUGCUAGAUUAAGAAAACAAGAGCUUCCGAAGAGUUCUCAAGUUCCUCCAACAUCAACAAUUAUCCCUUCCAGACCGAUACCCUUUCCUACGUUCUACUAUUAUUCCUAUCCAUCUAUACCACCAUAUCCUAUUCCCUCCUAUCCACGUGGAGCCAUGUGCAACUGUGGUUAUCCCUGCAGUAGCAGCACUGCUCAUGGUGAAACAGCCAAGUGAGUUUCCAUUGUAGCUAUGCAACGUAACAAUGAUUCAUUGCAGUAAAAUGUUUAGCAAGGAAGUUCUGUGAAUGUCGUGGCUUCCCCAUUAUCAGUGAUGACGAACAUCAACCUUUUGCAAUAUUGAUGGAUUACUGUCCAAAAAGACUUCAUUGAUUAAUUUGUAACAUAAAUAAUUGUAAAUAACAUUUGGAGCUGGCUCUCUCUAAGGCAAAUGGAAUGAGAUUUAAAUUAUUACUAAUUUACAUUAUUGGAGUUCUAACUUCAUCCAUCAUCGCAUUCAUUAACAUGAAAUUUUGGUAGUUCAUUAUAACUACGUUAUGUACCAUUUGAACUGUUCGUUUUUCAAACAGAAGAAAAAUUUUCAAACAAAAUGCAAAUAAAUUGCAAUUGUGAAGAACUUGUAGGCGUUAAAAUGCAUAUGUAAUCAUAUGUAUCUUUGUACAUAAUCAAUUAAUAAAAACUUUACAGCCUAAAUGUACAACAUUUUUAUGAGGAAUGAUUAAAUGUGGGUUGCAUUACUGUA